AUGGUGGAAAAUGCGAGUCUGGAGAGAGACGAGCAGUACGUUUAUCUCGGACAUGUUCUAUCCUUUGGCAAAGAGCAUCAGCCUAAGAAGAUGUCAAAAAGAAUACAGCUCGCAUGGGUUGCGUUUGGCAAGUUAAAUGACAUACUUAAAUCAGACAAUGUUCCACAGUGUCUGAAGACCCGCCUGUUAAAUCAAUGUCUUCUGCCCACCAUGACGUAUGGCGAAGACAUAGACGCUCACGCAGAAGUAUACAUGUUGAAAGUUGAAAAGAGAACCAUGGAGCGCGCCAAGCUCGGCAUCCGCCUUGUAGACCGAGUUGCGAACGUUGAGAUACAACGACAAACGAAAUUCCAGGAUGCUGGAACUCGGAUCAUGGAACUCCAAUGGGGUUGGACGGGACACAUAGCAAGGUAG